AUGGAGGCAAUAGAUACAUGGCAGUUGAGGACUGUGGUGGAUCGACACACAUGCAGUAGGGAGCAUAAGUUGGGCCUAUUCAAUGCAAAAUGGCUAAGUAAGAAAUUGGAAAAAAUAGUUAAAGAGAAUCCUAAUGUUAAGGGUGUUGACAUUAGAGAUAAAAUAAGUAGGAAAUGGAACAUAGCAAUAAGUAAAAAUAUGGCUUACAAGGCGAAAGCCUAUGCUUCAGACGAGGUGGAAGGGUCCUUCACUAUGCAAUAUAGUAGAAUUUAUGAUUACGCUCAUGAGCUAUUAGCAAGAAACCCAGGGUCCACUAUCAAGAUCAAAGUGCCAAUCAUUGGCCUUGAUGGAGCCUUUUUGAAAGGUAGACAUCGUGGUGAGUUGUUAACUACUGUUGCUCGAGAUGCAAACGAUCAAAUGAUGCCACUAGCAUAUGCCAUAGUAGAGGUCGAGAACAAGGAGACUUGGACAUGGAAGAAAUUCAUUGGAAAAAAUCUUAAGAAGCUUAUGUGGAGGGCAGCAACAACAACCCACCCACAAAAAUGGGAGAAUGAGAUGAGAAGUAUAAGAGAGGUCAACGAAGACGCGUUUCGCCACUUGAUAGCUAUUCCUCCAAGCUGGUCUGCACAAAAGCUAUUUGAAGUCAGACAUGUGUCACAAACUGGGGACAAUUGUGUUCAUGCAUUGGCAUCAAUGAGGUUUCUGAACCUCAAUGAAGAGGACUACAUACAUGUAUGCUUUCUCACUUCAACGUAUGAAGAAAUGUACUUCUCUAUUAUCUAUCCUAUUAAUGGAAACAACCUGUGGGAGGUAACACAACAUCCAGAUGUCAUCCCUCCAUCAAAAAGAAAGAUGCAUGGUCGUCCUAAGAAGAAAAGAAGGUUAGAGCAGUGGGAGUUGAAGAAAAAUAGCACCAGGAUGAGCAAAGGUGGAUUGGUUAAGAGAUGUAGCAAGUGUAGGGAAGUGGGUCACAUCAAAACACGCUAUCCCAAGAGAAACGAACAAAAUGUUUUGCAGUCACAGGGAGAAGAACCCACUUCAUUGGCUUAG